AUGAGGUACUGGUGGUACACACUCGCCUGCUGCUCCUUGGUGGCCAGCACAAUGGCAGCCAGUGCGGAUCGCGACCUGGCGGAGGCGCUGGCUCAAGUGGUGGCCCACUCGGAGAUGGGUCGCCUCAAGACCUUGUACAUCUACAGCCACACAAGUGCCCAGUCGACGGGUGGCCACUUGGAGGAGCUGCUCGACCAGGUGCUGAUGCUGCUGCCCAGCGACUUGCAGGCACGCAGGCUCCUGCUGCAGCAGUCCAUGGAGUAUAAGCCCUAUGUCCACGCUGUCCUGGCCCUGGUCGAUGGGCUGCCGUCUCUGGCGGCGAUCUACGCUCGGAUUGGAGCCACCCAGGACUUGUCGCACACGCUGAUAUACAUGUCCCUGCCCACGGAUGUCUAUGGCGAGGAGAUGCAGGCGGUCCUGCGACUGCUGUGGCGUCUGAGUGUACUGAAUGUGGGCGUGGUGCUGCGUCCACCUGGCCAGCACAUCCUCAUGGUCAGCUACUUUCCAUUCAGUGCGUGGCACGGCUGCCAGGUGAUCUCGUCCACUGUAGUGAAUCGCUACCAGGUGGGCACCAAGCAGUGGGUGAGCCGAGAUUACUUUCCCAGCAAGCUGGGCAACUUCCAUGGCUGUCUCCUCACCUGCGCCACGUGGGAGGAUAUGCCCUACUUGGUUUGGCGGCGCGACGGCAGUGGCAGCUUCGUGGGCAUCGAGGGUGCCCUGCUGCAGUUCAUGGCUGCCAAUCUCAACUUCAGCGUGGGUCUCUAUUGGAUGAACAAGCAGGAGGUGCUGGCCACCUUCGAUGAGUCGGGCACCAUUUUCGACGAGAUCUUUGGCCAUCACGCCGACUUCUCGCUGGGCGGAUUCCACUUCAAGCCCAGCGCCGGCAGCGAGAUUCCCUACUCGCAGUCCUCCUACUACUUCAUGAGCCACAUCAUGCUGGUGACCAAUCUGCAGAGUGCCUACUCCGCCUACGAGAAGCUGUCCUUUCCCUUCGCUCCGCUGCUGUGGCGAGCCAUUGCGGUGGUCCUCAUCCUGGCCUGCCUGCUCCUGAUGCUGGUGCUGCGUUGGUGGCAGCACCCUGAACUGCCAGUGAAUCCAUACUACGAGCUGUGGGUCCUGACAAGCGGCGGCAAUCUGCAGGACCGCUUGGUGCCACAAAGGUUUCCCGGGCGCCUGGCACUGCUCACCUGGCUGUUUGCCACCUUGGUGCUGAGGAGUGGCUACCAGUCGGGGAUGUAUCAGCUGCUGCGGCAGGAUACCCAAAGGAAUCCACCGCAAACCAUUGCGGAGGUGCUGGCCCAGCGUUUCACCAUCCAGCUGGCGGAGGUCAACGAGGCGAGGAUCCUGGCCAGUUUGCCGGAACUGCGCCCCGAGCAGCUGGUCUACCUGGCGGGCAGUGAGCUGCAAUCCUUUCCAGCUUUGGCCCGGCAAAGUGGCUCCUCGGCGCGGGUGGCCAUUCUUACACCCUACGAGUACUUCGGCUACUUCCGCAAAGUGCAUCCGAUGAGCAGGAGAUUGCACUUGGUGCGGGAACGCAUCUACACGCAGCAGCUGGCCUUCUAUGUGCGGCGUCACUCGCAUCUGGUCGGUGUGCUGAACAAGCAGAUCCAGCAUGCCCAUGCCCAUGGAUUCCUGGAGCACUGGACGCGGCAGUAUGUCAGUGCCGUGGACGAGAAGGACGAGAGUGUGGCCCGCAUAGCCUCCACAUCGUACAGCACCCUCGAUGGCAUCGAUGGCGACCCGAAUCUCUCGGAUUCGGAGGAGCAGCAGGUGGCCACCGUUCGCCAGAACGUGCUGUCCAUGCGGGAACUAGCCGCUCUCUUCUGGCUCAUCCUCUGGGCGAACCUGGCAGCGGUGGUCGUCUUCGUGCUGGAACUGCUGCUGCCCCAAAUAAAAGCGGGGAAAAUAUUAGCGAAAAUUAAUAGUAAGAUAAGAAAGUGA